GUUGAUUUAGAUGACACAGUUCAACUAGGGUUUUAGUAUUUAACCGAGCAAAAGCACCAGCUUCGCUUCUCUUCCUAAUAUCUUUCUCUAGCUACUGGUGCUGCUGCUGCUGCUGCUGCUGCUGCUGCUACUUUGAGCAUCACCAAUGGCGUUUGUUAAAGCCCAGAAAACGAGAGCUUACUUCAAGCGUUUUCAAGUUAAAUACAAGAGAAGAAGAGAGGGUAAGACUGAUUACAGGGCAAGGAUUCGUUUGAUCAAUCAGGAUAAGAACAAGUAUAACACUCCGAAAUAUAGGCUUGUUGUUCGAUUUACCAACAAAGAUGUAAUUGCACAAGUUAUACAUUCUCGCAUAGUUGGUGACAUAGUUCUUGCAGCUGCUUAUUCUCAUGAGCUCCCUUGCUAUGGCCUUGACGUGGGACUUACAAAUUAUGCUGCAGCUUACUGCACUGGACUUCUUUUGGCCCGAAGAGUACUGAAAAUGCUUGAGAUGGAUGAGGAGUACGAGGGUAACACUGAGGCAACUGGAGAAGAUUAUUCUGUUGAACCAGGUGAGAGCAGGAGACCUUUCCGUGCUCUCCUUGAUGUUGGGCUUUUGAGGACAACAACUGGGAAUCGCGUUUUUGGUGCUCUUAAGGGAGCUUUGGAUGGUGGACUUGAUAUUCCUCACAGUGAAAAGAGGUUUGCAGGAUUCAACAAGGAGAGUAAACAGCUUGAUUCUGAAGUUCACCGGAAGUACAUCUAUGGCGGCCAUGUUGCUGCAUACAUGAGAAUGUUGAUGGAAGAUGAGCCAGAGAAGUAUCAGUCUCACUUUAGCGAGUAUAUAAAGAAAGGUGUCGAUCCGGAUAACAUGGAAGAGAUGUACAAGAAGGUUCAUGCUGCUAUUCGUGCAGAUCCAUCAGCAAAGAAGACUGAGAAGCAGCCUCCAAAGGAGCACAAGAGAUACAAUCUGAAGAAGUUGACCUAUGAGGAAAGAAAGGCCAAGUUGAUUGAGAGGUUGACAGCUCUCAACUCUGCUGCUGACGACGAAGAGGAUGAUGAAUGAAGUUGAUAUAAUUUUGGCUGCUUAUCUCGCAAGAUGAAGAUUUUGGUCUCUUUGUUUAAUUAGGAUGGAUGGAUAGGUUGAGGAUUAGCUAUUGUUUUGGGAAGAAAUUCAGUUUGUUUUUGGAUUAUUAAUUGAAACUGUUGCAGUUUCUAAGUAGCAAAUGAUUUUCUAAAAUUUUUAUGUAAUGAAAUGGGAGCUGCAGUAUGUAAGGCAAAUUGUGUGGAAUUGAAUGUUUGCAGAAUCACAUGACAUUAUUUUUGGUAAAA